CUCGGCUCGAUUCGAUUCCAAUUCCACAUACUUUUCUGUCUCGUUGACGGGGCGAGACCGUCGUAGUUCAUUCGUCCAGAAAUUCUUCUUCGUGAAUAAAAUUUAUAAUUUGCCCCCCUGAGUGCUUUUUCUCUUCUUCAAUUUUUGUGAAUUUAAUAAGUUUUAUUUUAUGUUAUUCGUUUAUUUGAACAUUUUGUCUUUCUAACUGUGUUUUUUCGUUCGCUUGUGUGUAUCGUGUAUGAAAAAUUAUAAUUUCUAGACCAGAAAAUCUGGUAUACCUUCGUCGAAGGCGAAUAUAAAAAAAAACCUAUUGUCUUCUUUUCUUAUAUUUUUCAUCACAACAAAAGAAUUUCCAACAAAAAUAAAACAAGCUCAAAAGUGAGAGUAGAAUAAAAGUUUAAAAUAAAACCCCGCAGCGCAGUGUGUAAUGCAAUAAAAAGAUAAAAGAAUUGGAAAAAAGUGAAAUAUUAGAUAGAGAUUUAUAGUGGUGCGGUAGAGAAUCUUAAGGAUUCGUUCGGGUUCAAUUUGUCCCUUCCCUUCCUUUGGCUGAUGGAUCUUUUUUACUCAAACUCGAACAUCAUCUCUCCAAGCAAAUGAAAAAGAGAAUAGAUACGAAAUUGUGGAAGACCGAGUGCUAACAAGGUGGGAGGAAUUAUUAUUUAAUUUGAAAAAUUAUGUCAUCUAUAUCAAGCCUUUUAGGGAUAACACAAUUAUCAAAUUUAAUCAAAAUCUGAUGAGCCGUUCAAUGCAUUGUUUAACUCAACAAUAAAAAUAAAUACAGAAUCCACUUUGCGCUAGAGAAGCAACUUCCAUUAUUAUUCCUCAGGAUUAUUGACUACAUAAAAUUUAACCUACGGUUAUCAUCAAAAUUUCGUCUUCUUUGUUUGAAGUCGAAAGACCUAACCUAAAAAUAAUCUAAUUACUUAUUCAAAAAUUAUUAUUAUCAGCACCAUCAUAAUUAUUAUACCAAAACGAAAAAAAAAACAACCUUUUCUUGGCCAAAUACCAUAAAGAAUAACAACAACAACAACAACGUCACCCUCACACAACAAACCACUAUUGUCGUCAUCAUCAAAAACAGCAGCAAAAUGCUUAAUCCAAAUCAUCCCGGCUCGUCGAGACGUCCAUUCUCGAGAAACGCUCAAGCCCGAAAUCAUCGCGGACGUAUGCUCUUCUCUCCCCAUCCACAUCAUUCUCAAAGGAAUAAUAAUCACAAUCAUGGUCAGUGGUAUAAGGAUAUGGAUCCUUGGAAUUCACUUGGCAGCGAUGUACAAACAAACAGUAAUAAUAAUUUAAACAAUAACAGUAAUAAUAAUGGAAGUUGUCCCAAUAGCAAAGAAAAUCUAUUCCACACCAAUCACACCAACCACAAUCACAACAACCAUCAUUUCCACCAUCAAAAUCCCCUUUCACCCCACAAUUAUCAUCACAAUACUUUACAAUAUCCCAAUCAUAAUCCAAAUCCACCGCCUUUAUCAUCGUCAUCUACAUCGCCAUCAUCAUUGUUGUCUUUGUCGUUGUCUUCCUCACCAAAUUCCUCGCCAAAUUCCCCACCUGCCAAUUAUCAUCAUCAUUUAAAUCACCAUCAUCAUCACAAUCAUUAUCAUCCUGCACAUUCACCAACAUCUAGUACAACCAUUAUAUCCCCGCUAACAAAUCUUUCAACAACAUCUACUACUACUACUUCUGCUACUACUACCGCUUCCAAACUGCCAACAAUAAAAAAUUCAACAACAACAACAACAUUUAAAAAAAUCCUUACCAAUCCACAACCAACACAAAAUUCCCCGCUGUUAACAAGUAGUGGUAGUGGCUUUAUUGGUAACACUACUGAUGUUGUGAAUGUAAAUUCUUGUACUGACAUAAUUCCAAUCAAUAAUCAUCAUGCGCCUUCAACACAAUUUCUCCAACAUCACCAACAACAACAACACCAUCAACAACAACAACAACAAUGCCGACAUGAAUUGCAUCAACAAUUUCAACAACAAUUUCAUCAACAACUGCAACAACAUCAACAACAACAACAACAACAAAAUCAUCAACAACAACCGCUCUCACCUCAUAUAAAUAUUAAUAUAAAUCUAAACAAUACAAUAAAUGUUAUAACGAAUAAUGUUGUUGUAAAUUCAACAACUGCCACUUCAUCAACGAUGUUCAACAACAAUACGAACAAUAACAACAACAUAUUAAAUUUAAAUAAUAAUAAUACAAAUUCACUUGUACCUGUUAGUAAUAGUAAUAAUCAAAGAUCUCAACAAAUGAUACUGAAUAGAGCGGCAGGACCAAGCCAUUCAAAUAGUAUCAAUAACAACAACAACAAUGGUUUAAACCAUUCAAACAACAAUAUGGGUGGUGGUGAUCAUCAGCAGCUUAACCGUCGUGGUCAUAAUAUGAUGCCAUCAAUGAUGAUGCAAGUCGAUCAUCGCCGUCACAAUGGCGGCAGUGGCAGCAGUGGUGGUAGAAAUAAUUUUAUGAAUAUCGGUCUCGGAAACACCAACAAUAAUAACAACAACAACACCAACAACAAUGCUAGCAAUAAUAGCGGUAACGCAACCAGCUCAGGGUUAUUUGAUAGACACAAUAUGCAUUUUGAGAACCAUGGAAGCUCCAGAAACUCCGAACUGCACAUUGAUACCAGAUCAACUGAAAUGUUAGACAGGAUCAGCAAUAACAACGCCAGCAGAAUCAUCAGUCCACAGCAUCAGCAACAAAAUUACCAUCAUAACAAUAAUAACAACAACAACAGCAACAAUAAUCAAAAUGUUAAUAGCAAUAAUAGUAGUAAUAAUAAUUUGAAUAGCAAUAGUAACAACACUCAAACAUCAAGUCCAUUGUACUGCCCAGUUAAUAACAGUAACAAUAACAACAACAACAACAAUAGCAGCACUAAUAGCAACAGCGGCAAUAACAACAACAACAACAACAACAACAGCAACGUCAACAACAAUAGCAACAACCAUAAUAACAACAAUAUGGCUAGCAAUGACCAUCCUCAUUCAAGUGGUGCGGCAGGGACUUCAAGUGGCAAUAGCAGUGGCAACAAUAAUAGUAACAACAAUGGCAUCAAGUCCGAUAGUCCAUCCAGGAAGCGUAGACGCAUCUCAGCACGCAUGCCAAGCCAAUCGCCACCUGCAAUGUGGGAGCAACGACGUUCUCCACGCGUCACGCAUUCGCAACAGUUUUACCAUUCGCAGUCCCAAAUGCAACAGCAGGGCAGUCCACCAAUACGUCGUCCACGUCUCCGUGAAAAUCAGGUGCAUCCCCAUUCACAUGCAGCCUUGCAUCACCAUCCACAACACCACCACCAGCAAUCGCAGCAGCAACAACGCUCCCCGUGGGAGCUAUUGCAGCAAACGCCUCCACCGGCACAGCCACACCAGGCACCACCCCCACCACCACCACUUAUUGUGGACAUUAAUCAAGUUCCUGUUAGUUUGCCACUAAGGCACGAACCCAUUUGGGCUUAUUCGUCCGGUCAGCAUGCAUCAAUUUGUGCCUAUCCAGCGCCACCGCGUCUGGCACCUUGUCAGGUUCACAGUGUAUACUCGCAGCCGUUUGCUCAAACUUGCAAUUUAGGUAACCAUCAGUUUGGUACGUUCCCCUCAAGUGCUCCACCGAUUGCAGUGCCACAACCGCAACCACCACCGCCACCAACACAACCUCAUCAGCCCAACUUCCACCCGGCUCAUAUCCCUCAACAGAGGCCUGAUAGCAUUUCCCUAGAUUCACUUGAUCACCAUGGGCCACAUGGACCUCAUGGGCCACACGGUCCACACGGACCUCACCCACACGCCCAUGCUCAUCCACAUCAACAUCCACAUGCCCAUCCUGCUGGGGCCGCAUCCUCAAUUCACAUCACACCGAUUACAGCGGCUGCCGCACACCACAUGCAUUCCACAGCACAGGUGACUCAAUUGUCAGCAGCUCCUCAGCAGAUUUUCAUCUCUACCGAGCGUUACCUGCAGAGCCACCCCAACCAAAUUGAACUGUUCCGUCAGGCCCGGCGUACAUUCCCAGCACAGCGUCGUUUCGCUAGAUUCCACUGGCCACCAGGUACCCAUCCACAUCAUCCACAUCGUCAUCAUGCUCUGCCUCAUCAGGCUCUCGGUGGUCAACAUCCAACACCAGUCCAGAUUCAAGCUGGCAUCAUUAAUCCUGGAUUUUUACUCAAUUUCCUUGCCAUGUUCCCACUUUCACCAUAUGGACAGCACGAGCUAAGCUCACCAGAUUCCAACGAAACAGAAAAUUAUGAGGCCUUGCUGAGCUUAGCCGAACGUUUGGGUGAUGCCAAGCCACGUGGGUUGGCACGAACUGAAAUUGAUCAAUUGCCAAGCUAUAAAUUUAAUCCAGAAACUCACACAGGUGAUCAAACAUCAUGUGUAGUUUGCAUGUGCGACUUUGAAGUGAGACAAGUUCUACGCGUUUUGCCCUGUUCGCAUGAAUUCCACGCUAAGUGCGUCGAUAAGUGGCUAAGGUCGAAUCGCACAUGUCCCAUCUGCCGUGGCAAUGCAUCUGAUUACUUCGAAACUCAUGAUUAGCACUAAACAUCAAAACAACGACCCCAAAACUAAAAUUAAAAUUCAAUUUAUUAAUUUACUCCCUUGCUAUAGCUCACUGUUUUAGUAAAAAAAGAAAACAAAACAACAAAAAAAAAAACAUAUUUAUAUAAAAACGAAAUUUCAAAAAAUGACUAUACCCUAUAAAAUUUAGGGUUUGUAACUUAACUUAAGCCCUCCUCCGUGUGAUGCCAUGCUUAAAGAAAACUUCACCAAAAAUAUAAUAAAAACAAAAAAUGAUAAAUCUAUCACAAAAAAAACAAAAUAAGUAAACAAAAUUAAGAAUGAACUCACCACAUAAAUGUGUAUGAUGUAUUUUAACACUGAUAGGUAUAUUAUAUAUAUAUAUAUAUUAUUAUAUUCGUAAUGUUUUAUUAACUUUUAAUAUAUAUUUAAAAACAAAAAUACAUAUAACAACGCCUCUACAUAGUUUUUAUUUUCGAACCAGAAAAAAUAUAUAUUUUAAAUUCUACGCUACAUAAAAUUAAUAAACAAAAAGAAACACAACAACAAGGUUAAAAUUAAAAUUUAAAGAAAAAAACUUAGCACUAUUUUAACAAUUUUACUAGAAGUUAUAACAAAAAGAAAAAUAAACAACAUAAAAAAAGAAAACUAUAUAAAAAAUAUAAAUGUAUAUUUAAAUAAAAAGCAAUCUUUAAAAAAAACAACAAGAAAAAAAAACUUUGAAAAUAUAUAUACACGUAUUAAAUAAAUUUCGUGACAAAAUUUAAUUUACAACAAAAUGCCAAUUUACUAUAAAAUUAUUAAAGCAAAAAUUAAAUUAAAAAAUAAUAUCGUUGUUGUGUGGUGUCGUGUGAAAUAAUACAUUGAGAAAAAAAAUAUUAAUAAGUAAAUUUAUAAAAAUUUUGUAUAGGUGUACAAUAAUAUAACAAUAAAACAAUACAUAGAAAUAUAUCUAGCCCGAGAGAAUAUGCAAUAACAAUAAUAAUGUAUGUAAAUUAGUUUAAACUAAAUCCGUAUAUAAGUAAAAUGAAGUCUCGCCCCUCCUCUUCCUGCCCUCCGCGCACAUUAAAUUAAUACACAAUUUUCAAAAAAUUAAAAAAAAAAUAUAAAACUUUAGAGAACUUUCAAAAAUUUGUUCACUCAAAUUUAGCAUCAACAACAACAAAAACGUAUAUGAAUUUAAUAACUUAUAUCAAACAAUUUAUUGUCUUAUAGAUUUCUUGAAGAUCUAUAAGAAAUAAAAAAGAAAAGUAUACAAUUUUUAAAGUAACAUGAAAAUAUUAAUAGAAAGUAACAAAAAAUAAUAGAAAACUCAAACAAAAAUAAAGAAACAUUCAACAUUAAAAAAUAUAAUAACAUAGUACUGUGUGAACGUUUUUGUGUAGUCCUUUUCUAUAUGAGCUGUUUUUUAAAGUAUUUUUUUAAAAUAUGUUAUUUUUUGUACUAAAGAAGAAACAAAAAAAAAACAAAAAAAGAAAUAUGCUUUCUCUGUUUCUAUGAUAUAUAAAAUGUAUGAUGCUCUUUUAUGUAUAUUUUUGAAAAUCUGCUUUUAUAUUGCCAAAAAUGAUAACUUCAAUAUACUUCAAAAUAGCUCUUCAUCGCAACUUUCAAUUUUAAUUUGAGUCAAAACAAAGUUUUUUUUGAAGAGGGAAUGAUUUAUGAUUUUUGUAUCACAACACUCAAUUGUCCAUUAGUUAAGAUUUUCUUUCAAAACUGAAUUUUAAUAUCGAAAAAAUAACAGUUUAUUAUUCUUUUAAGGAUUUUGAACAACAUAUCACAAUCAUAGAAUAAAAGUAACCUAACUAAAAAAUAACUUUGACACAAUAGGAUACUAAGUUGAAUUGUGCGAUCUGGCUUAUCCAUAUUUCGGUAUCUUUUUCACCACAGGUCCUUAGAUAGCCCAUUUUAAGGUCUCUUUAUUUCAAAAUCAGAAGUUACGGAAAGUUUGAGUUUGGUCACUUUCAUUCUCAAGGUGCGAUAUAACAGUUUUCCAUUGAUAGGAUUAGAAGAUUUCUGUCCUACUACAAUCGUCGGGAAAUCAGAUAUUUAGUAAUUAUACUAUAUCUUUAUGACAAUUAAAAUGUAUUCAAAUCUAAGAUAUUUGUGCAUAUUUCAAAUUAAAUAAAUGAAAUAAAUUUAAUGAGGAUACAGCUUGUGAAGAAUCAGGGCCUAGUGACUUACAGGGAUAGAGGAGGCCUACAUUUUGUAUGUCUAAUCCAUAAGGCUAUUUUGAAAAAGCACUUUUCAUGACAACUAAAUAAAACAAUAAAAUAACUAAACUACAGGGUACAAUAUUGGUAUUAAACUUCAGGAAGGAUUUUUAAAUAUCAUUACAAAAGUGGAAACGAAUCUUGCGGCACUAGAAAAAAAGGAAGAAUGCACAAAUUUGAAAGUACUACAACGACACCAUUAUAGAAGACUAGGUUGCCAAACAGCGCGUAUUUGUAAUAGAGUACCUUUUCGUCCAAAAUUGAAUCUAUCACUGGCCUGAGAAGAGCGGGAUUCAAGCAAAGACUUGCUCAUUCACCGAGGGUAACCUUUUGGAUGAGAAAAGAAUCGUGGUGCAGCAUCGUUUCUAAUUUUGUUCGACAGAACGGCUUACGACUUAAGCUACAGAGAGCAGUUAAACGAGUUGAUGAUGGGUUGAAGCAGGAAACAAGAAUUUCGCAGCAAGAAGAUGCAAUAUGUCAUACCGCCGCAAUCCUUAAAAUAUUGAUUAUUUCCGCAAGACGUUUGGCAACCAAUUAAUUUCGCGUAACUAAUUUAUCUGUGUUUCACUUUUUCUCGGACUGUUUGAAAUCCAAAGUGUAUGCAUUUUAACAGCAGUCUUGAAAUAGAUGAAAGCUUCAAUUCGACAACAUUCAGCCAAGUUUUCAACGGGUACGUUAAGAAAAGUCUACGAACAUUUGUGCCACCAUCUGAAUGACUAUAACUUUUACAACUCACAAGCUGUCGAUUCGACAUCACUCUGCCAACAUUUCAACGACUACGUUAAAAAAAAGUCUACGAAAAUUAGUGCCGCCAUUUGAAUGACCUUAUUUUUGUGCUUUCGAAAUAAACGUAUGAAUGUAUCAAAAAAACUAUCCUUCACAUCUCUUUUCAAGACCGCAAGAUUCGUUUUCAGCUUGAUAUCUUUAAAUGUUUUCUAUUUCUUUGCCGGACAGUGUAUACUCGUAUGUUUAACGAAGUUGAAUGUCAGAUAGAUGGCAUUCUUUAUGAUGUAACGCCUGGACUUUUUUUUUAACUUUAUUCAAAAUAUAAUUCACAAAAUAAGCCCUCAUUGAUGGAUUAUUUUUUUUUUCAAUAUUUAUCUUCCGAAGCGAUUUUGGAAAACAAUGUCUUUCGUAAGUAAAUUGAAUAGAAAGGUCUUUUUUGUUACAAAAA